AAAAUGCCAGUUUUAUAUAGAAUAUAUAGGGAAUACUAUUUAUGCUAUUGUGACCUUUAUAUUAAGUAUAAAAAUCGUAGAAUAUAGAACAGGUGUGUUGUGGUGCGAAAAGUAAUAUCACGACAUUAAUAUCGCUCUUUUUUCGUACUUAAUCGAUUGGUUCUCAGCUCAAGCCCAGGUAAAAUAUAGCGCUAGACCAUGAUUUACACAAAGUGAGAAACCAGCACAAAUAGAACAUGUAAACAAGGAAAUAACACAGAUUUCAAAUAUCACAAGUAAUACAGACGUGCACGAGCACCAUGUGCAGACAUGUAUCCCCAGUUCCAAAGUUUUUUCGCAGCACACUGUCUCGUGGAGAUAUAUCUUAUCAACAUUGUCAUUAUUGGAUCAAUUUUGUCCACAGAGACAACGACAGAAAUGUGUGACAGAUGUCUCAACAACAGCACGUGCCGCAUAAUAACCAAUCUGCAAUCAAAUGUCUCAAGUUUUCAUUGCGCAUGCUUACAAGGAUGGCUUGGCGAGCGUUGUCAAACACGUGUACGUCUGCUUCUAGUCUCAGUUACCAUGACAACAGCUACCUUACAAUGGGAAUAUUCAGUAACAGACACUGUAGGUGCAAUUGUAGAUAGAACAGGUGUCUCAGAUGUAGAAAUUGUCUCGAAUUUAAAGAACGCUCAAAACAGUUUAAAAGGUCUGGAACCUUCGCAAAAUGAUCUCAUGACGGGUUUAAGUGAUAUAAAUAAAAAGGUACCCGAAGGAACGUAUUCGUUUUAUACGCAAGCGCAAUUGAACGUUAAUUACUGGACAAGUAGUCAAAGAAAUGAGUGCAAUAUUGUCCCAAAUCUUACCAAAACAGUUUUCACUAUCUCAGGUCUAGAUAGCAGAACUGAAUAUACAUUUUGUGCCAAAACUGAUCACUCCUUUACGUGUGACUUUGAUCUAGUCGGUCAUCUCGAUGACAUUGUCCCUGCUUGUAUUUAUGUGACUACAAAAGCAGACGACACUUCUAAACCAAAUGUGUAUUUAAUUAUAAUUUCUUGUAUCGCUGUGAUCGGGUUAAUAGUUCUUUUAAUAGUUGUAGUCGUCUCAAAAAGGAAUAAUUAUUUCACUUUUCUUGUCUGUGCAAAACAACAUACAGAUAAUCGUGAAACUCAUAGUAUUCUGCAAGGUUCAUCAAGAAGAACCGAGUCACCAGACGACUCCCACCCGGAUAUUUAUCGACUCAAAUCACCAACAGCAAACCAGACGAUCUCAAUAUCUGCACCAAACUGUCCCGGAAAGCCCAAAUACCAGCUGAUUAAGAAAAGACUACGUGGCUAUGCCUCGUUUUCAGCUCAAAAUGAGCAGACGAUACCAUUGUCUACAGUUCUAGAAUACAGCGAGUACGACCAUGAUGGAGAAUAUGAAGACUCUGACGCUGAUUCUGAUAUAGCAGCAGAGACAGAGGUAGACACUGAAACAAAUAUACACCAAAUUACUGAUAUACAAGGAGACAACCCUAAUGAAUAAAGUGCCUUUUUGUUUGAAAACAGUAUUAAAGUGUUACAUUGACCAGCUUUAACCUUCACCUUGCUAAAUUUUUAAAAUGGACUGGUUCAUCAUUCUAUUUGGGCAAUACCAUUUAUCAUUCAGUGGGGUGUUCACUGAAAAUUUACUGACUGAAUAGUCUACAAAGGCAGACUUACUUGCCGCCAGCAGGCCAAAGGUUAAAAGGGCUGUAUACCUAUACUUAGCAUUUUAGAAAACCGUUUUUACUGAUCAGUUUUAUUGACGAUACAUGUAUGACCGUCUCAUUGCUCGUUAAGUCUUAUAAUUAACUUUCUCUUUACCUUUUGGGCAGACCAAAUCCAAGUCUCAAUUUUCUCGUCAGUAAUUUUUAUCAUCUGUCGGGUGGGGAUCGUACGGUGAGGGGUCAUAAGUUGACUGCUUAUUAACAUUACAUUUCAUUUUAACAAGAUUACACAUGGAAAGGAUAAAAAACAGCUGCGUUAUUUUCAUUUUUGCAUAAUUUUAUGAUUUGUCAUCUUUAAACUGUCAUACAGCUUUAAUAUGUAAAUUGAAUAAUGUAGGGCUUUUAUGUGAUAUUUUAGUACAGUGAAAAGAAAAUGAUUCACUAGAUCCGGUUACAUUGCUUUAUUAUUGUUUGCGCGUUCUUUUUUUAUUUUUGUCAUCGAUAUAACUUGUUUAACACUUAAACAGUAUUCUGAGCUAUCUUACACAAACCGUGUGUGAUAAAGGAACAAAUAAAUACAUACCUAGAAAUAAUGGAUUAGUAAUCUACCUUUAAAUUGUAUACGUUUAACAAUAGAAAAAAAAAUCUACAGCAGAACUUGCAUGUACUGUUCUUGCAUAAAUUGAUGUUAAGAAUCACUUCUAGUAGUUAGGUUUAAUUGCCAAUAUCUUUUUAAAGACAUACACGUAUAUUUAACUUAUCCCACACACAUGCUAAAUGCACAAAAAUAAGUACAUUAUAGUUUGCACACAUUUUAUAACUUUAUUUCCGUCAUGCAUUGCAGUUUUUCAGAACAGAAAUGAAGUUCAGGUAUUUUUUAUGAUAUUGUUCAUAAUUUAUAGCGUUUGGAUGGAAGUAUGAUAAUACUUAAUUGUUAAUUGCAAAAUGCGAAAUAGUGGGUGCUAAAUGCUUAUUGUUGCGUGCUUACGAAUUUAUCAGAUGAAAUGUUUUUCUAAACAUUUGCGGUUCCAUGUUACCGAUAGAACAUGCUAUUGCUUCAAAUCAGACUGUUAGAACAUUAUAAACAAAAAUGCGAAAGUUUUAUUCAUUGGUUUAAGAACUUUUCAGCUUAGAGAAGUCAUCAUUUGGCAGUUAGAAGUACAUGUAUGACAUAUAUGGCAUAUAGCAUUUGGUAUUUAGCAUUUGUCACUAAUUAAGUGUUUGACAGCAUUUGGCAGUAUAGCAAGGCACACCGGCCUUCCUUACAUUUUUAGCUCGACUAUACGAAGUAUGGAGAGCUAUCCUACUCGACCCGGCGUCGGCGUCCUUCCGCGUCCGCACUUUGGUUAAAGUUUUGAUGCACUUUCUCUUUAUCUUUGUUAUUACUUGAUGGAUUUACUUCAAACUUAAAAUAGUUGUUCCUCAUCAUCACCCACAUCAUAUGGCACAAGGGUCAUAACUCUGGCACCAAUAUUUCAUGAAUUAUCCCCCCUUUUUACUUAGAAUUUCAGGUUAAAGUUUUGGUGCACUUUCACUGUAUCUCAUUUAUUACUAUAUGGAUUCGAUUCAAACUUAAAAUAGUUUUUCAACAUCAUCUCCCACAUCAUGUGACACAAGGUCCAUAUCUCUUGUACCAAUAUUAAAUGAAUUAUCCCGCUUUUACUUAGAAAUUCGGGUUAAAGUUUUGAUGCACUUUCACUAUCUCAGUUAUUACUAAAUGGAUUUGAUUCAAACUUAUAAUAGUUGUUCAACAUCAUCACUCUCAUCAUAUGACACAAGGGCCAUAACUCUUGCAUCUGUAUUUCAUGAAUUAUCUCCCUUUUUACUUUUAAUUUCAGGUUAAAGUUUUGAUGCACUUUCACUCUGUCUCAGUUGUUACAGAAUGGAUUUGAUUCAAACUUAAAAUAGUUGUUGCACCUUAUCACCCACAUCAUAUGACACAAGGUCCAUAACUCUGACACCAAUUUUUCAUAAAUUAUGCACCCUUUUACUUACAAUUAAAGGUUAAUUUUGAUGCAUUUUCACUAUAUCUCAGUUAUGACAAAAUGGAUUUGAUUCAACAUGACGCAAGGUGCAUCACUCUUGCACCAAUAUUUCAUGAAUUAUCCCCCCUUUUUGCUUAGACUUAUACUUAUUUAAUGUUUUGAUAACUUGAUCCUUAUCUCUCUUAUUACUUAAUACUUUUGACACAGACUCAAGCUAUUAUCCGAUAUCUUCAUCCACAUUGGAGUCAUUAAACACUCCAGUGACACCCCCAGCUUCAUCAAAUAUGCCCAGUUUCACUAUCCAGCAUCGAAAUAGUCGAGCAUGCUGUCUCCUGUGACAGCUCUUGUUAAUAUUCUUUUCCAUUUUAACUCUUCUGUAAUAUUAUGUUGACUUUAGAAAUAUUGUUACAUAUUUUGAUAACAAUUUUAGUUAUUUGUUACAUAUUUUUAGCUCAACUAUUCGAAGAAUAGGGGAGCUAUCCUACUCGCCCCAACGUCGGCGUGAGCAUUAGCGUUAGCGUGAGCGUCACACAAAUGUUAAAGUUUGCGUACCACCCCAAAUAUUUUCAAAGUCCAUUGAUAUAUUGCUUUCAUAUUUUGCAUACUUGUUUACCAUCAUGACCCCAGUCUGUAAAAAGGAGGAGGCAACUCUAUCAAGCAUUUUGACUGAAUUAUGGCCCCUUUUCGACUUAGAAUAAAUGUUAAAGUUUGCGUACCACCCCAAAUAUUUUCAAAGUCCAUUGAGAUAUUGCUUUCAUAUUUUGCAUACUUGUUAACCAUCAUGACCCCAGUCUGUAAAAAGGAGGAGGCAACUCUAUCAAGCAUUUUGACUGAAUUAUGGCCCCUUUUUGACUUAGAAUAAAUGUUGAAGUUUGCAUACCACCCCAAAUAUUUUCAAAGUCCAUUGAGAUAUUGCUUUCAUAUUUUGCAUACUUGUUUACCAUCAUGACCCCAGUCUGUAAAAAGGAGGAGGCAACUCUAUCAAGCAUUUUGACUGAACUAUGGCCCCUUUUCGACUUAGAAUAAAUAUUAAAGUUUGCGUACCACCCCAAAUAUUUGCAAAGUCCAUUGAGAUAUUGCUUUUAUAUUUUGCAUACUUGUUAACCAUCAUGACCCCAGUCUGUAAAAAGGAGGAGGCAACUCUAUCAAGCAUUUUGACUGAAUUAUGGCCCCUUUUUAACUUAGAAUAAAUGUUGAAGUUUGCAUACCACCCCAAAUAUAUUCAAAGUCCAUUGAGAUAUUGCUUUCAUAUUUUGCAUACUUGUUAACCAUCAUGACCCCAGUCUGUAAAAAGGAGGAGGCAACUCUAUCAAGCAUUUUGACUGAAUUAUGGCCCCUUUUCGACUUAGAAUAAAUAUUAAAGUUUGCGUACCACCCCAAAUAUUUUCAAAGUCCAUUGAGAUAUUGUUUUCAUAUUUUGCAUACUUGUUAACCAUCAUGACCCCAGUCUGUAAAAAGGAGGAGGCAACUCUGUCAAGCAUUUUGACUGAAUUAUGGCCCCUUUUCGACUUAGAAUAUGCUUAUUGUAAUGUUAAAGUUUUACACAUUGCUUAUAUUAUACUAUCCGAUCAAGCACUGAGAAUAGUCGAGCACGCUGUCCACUGACAGCUCUUGUUUCUUAAGUUACAAACUUUUUAAUUUGUGGGUAACUUUUAUUUAGAACUAACACCAUCUUAUUCUAAACAUGUUUUUCUCUGCUUUCGAUAACUAGUAAAUGAUCCCAAAGAAGUGCCUUUGUGAGUGACCACUUUUUGGUGGGUUUAACGUCACCGUGAAUUUUAUAAACUUCUGCAAAUUUUCAAUUCUGUAAUAAAGAUGACGACUCCUCUAUGGAUAAAAUUAAUAUGAACUUACACAAUGUCAUAAUAAUAUUCGUGCCAUGUUUGGCUUACUACAUAUGUUUACAGCAUUUAUAUUUCUAUUAUGCAUGUAGGUACUGGUGCUUUUAAAUGUUAAAUCAAACUUUUAUGUGUUUUUGUACUUCAGCCAUUUUUUUUUUCAAGGCAUCUGUAAUAGUUGCAAAGAAAAACUAUUGUACACUACUUUCUAUGUUUUUGAAUUAACGCCGUUCAGAGUUUUGACUGACAGUGUUACGCUACAGAAAACUGUAGGGACAAACUACAUGAUUUAUAUUCGUAAGUUUUUAACCAAAAAUAAAACAAUGUUUUACUUUGUAAUUUCCUUUUUCAUGAUAUAUCUUGAUCUUUUAUUUAUUGUGACAUGUGCAACAUUUGCAAAUUUACACGCAUUGUUUGAAUUUAAUAAAGAUUAUGGGUUUGAAAUAUA